AUGUUCCGUAAGAAGCUGCGUAAGCAAUCUAAACAGUCGAUGAAGGAAGCAAAGAGAGAACUCAAAGCAGCGGCUCAACAAGAGACAAUGAUGAUUGAGAAGGCUGUCCGCGAUGCUGCCGAGCCAGGCGCGUUGCCGUCUGGUGUGCAAGAGAAAGAGGCCUUUUUCAUGGAGCAGGUCGCGACGGGCGAAGCACUCUUUGCCCAAGGUGCAGCUUACCAUGUUCCUGCCGCGAUUGCUUUCUUUAAGGCUUUGAAAGUGUAUCCCGCCCCUGUGGAGCUUGUGAUGAUCUACCAAAAAGCAGUGCCCAAGGAAGUGUUUGACCUCAUAAUGAAGUUGGUGACACGCGAUGCCGCUGUGAAUAGUGCAGGCGCAUCGAGCCAGUCGUCGGGCCUUGACCAGGUUGACGACAAAGUCAGCAACGACAAGAACAACAAGGAGGGUGGAAGCGAGUCCGCUGAUCAGUCGUCACCUGAAAAGAAGCCAGAAGUGCAGUCUCAAGAAGAGAAACUGUCGAGGGCUGAGAACAAUGCCGAAACUUCAGCAGAAAAACCUGGUAACACACAAUCGCAAGAAGCUAAGUCAGAACAGUCUAGUAAGGCGAAUACGGAUAAAGAAGCUGAGAAAGCCUAA